AUGACGAGUCAGUACACCAGUCGAGAAAAGCCUAGCUAUUCUAGUAUGAAGGGAUUUAUGGCAAGUAGUAGAGAUGAAAACGAGGAUAGUGAUACAUCGCAAUUUUCUUCAAAUGAAUCUUCACCUCUCCCUACACCGGCUUCAAGACAUGGAGGUGGAAUAUCUCCCUUCAACCCGUCAUUAUAUUGGCAAAACAAAAGCAACAACAAAAUGGAGCCUAAUGAGCAAAUCAAACACCAACAACAUGAGGAGGCGCUACAAGCAGUCCGAAAGACCAUUGAAUCCAUUCAAGGGGAAUUGAGAACCAUUGCAUCAUCGGCUCUUGGAGAUCAUAUUGCCAAGGACCUCUCAUCAUUUCUCAAUAAUCAAAACAACAAUCAGACUGUAAUUUUGAAAUCAGAGAAAGUCAUCUAUUUGAAGAACAUUGAAAACCUUGUGCGGCAAAUUAAAGUCUUGGAUGAAACAAGGAAGGGAGAAAUCACCUCCUUGAAAUCCAUGUAUGAAGAAAAGCUGGCCGUUCUUGAAUCAGAACUGCAAAAGAAAGAAUCCUUAGUGGAAAUACUCACUCGAGUGAGUGAGGAAAAAGACCGAGUGAUUGACAACAUUCAUUUAGAGAAUGGAGCCAGAGUGACCACUCCAAAAGAGCUCAGAAACAUGAAGCAAGAAUUAAAUUGUUUGAAAAGGCAUCUUCCAGAAACGUCUGAAACUUUGUCUCAACUCAAGAAGGAUAGAAAGAAGUCACGAUCACCGGUUGAGACAGUGUACCCAAAGAAAGUCUCACUAUCGUCAUCUUCCCCUUCUAAAGAUCUGAAUGAUCUGAAAGAAUACUUUAACAAAAAUAGUAGUGUGCAUUCAUCCCCAACCUUGACCGAUAAGACAAGAUGGAUUCAAGACAGUAUUAAUAAUAAUAGAAGCUCCAUGAAUGAAAAGCUUCCAAGCCUCACCAAAAAAACGUCGUCAAAGUAG